AUGCCCCAAGGAGCUGGAACCCUCACGAGCGAUAAAGGACGUGUCCUCGGUCAAUUCGAAGUUGAAGGAGCUCAGUAUAUUUUCGUGGGCAAUCUGACCAGCUUCGGGCAGUCUUUCUCUAUCCCUAAUGCCGAUGUUACCUAUGACUCGGCAGAUCAGCUUCAGAAACAAUCUGAAAACUUUGAGGAGUUGCCUAUAGAAAAGGACCAGAUUCAACUCAGAUUGAAGAAUGGCGUGGCGAUCACGGGCGGCUUUGAUAUGCCCUUCAGCGAUGGCGAGGUAAAGAAAGGGUCCAUCGUUGGCGGAGCAGGGAAAUGGUUCAAGCUUUGA